UGAACACUAGGCUAUGAGUGCUGGUAAACUUAAAUUUACUCUGAAACUCCGACUGAGACACUGUGGAUGAAAAUGGACUUGAGUGAUGCCCAUCAUCUCUCAGAGCUCAGGAUUGUGUUGAUGGGAUAUAGAGGAGCUGGUAAGAGUUCAGCUGGAAACACCAUCCUGGGCCGAGAGGAGUUUGACUUGAGGAGAUCUGAUCAGUGUGUGGAGAGACAUGGAGAAGUAGCAGACAGACACAUCACUGUCAUUGAAGCUCCAGGAUGGUGGUGUAAUUACCCUGUAGAGUUCAGUCCUGAGUUACUGAAACAGGAGAUUUUGCUCAGUGUGUCUCUGUGUCCUCCAGGACCACACGCUGUACUACUGAUCAUACGUGUGGACGACACAUUUAAAGAGAUUGAGAGAAAAGCAUUGCUGGAGCAUCUGGAUCUUCUCGGUGAGAGAGUCUGGAGUCACACUAUAGUGCUGUUCACUGCUGGAGACUCUCUGUCAGACACAUCUAUAGAGCAGCACAUCGAGAGUGAAGGCCAGGAUCUCCAGUGGCUGAUGGACAAAUGUGGGAACAGGUUUCAUGUGUUCAACAAUCACAACAGGAGUGACGACACUCAGAUCAAGGAGCUGCUGGAGAAGAUUGAGGAGACAGUGGCACAAAACAACGGCGGCCAUUUUGAAAUUGACAGAAAGAUUUUACAGGAGGUGACAGAGAGAAGAAGAGCAGAGGAAGAGAGAGCAGAAGAACGAAUGAAGAGGAUGAAAAAAAGGAGAGAAAACAUCAGAUCACAGAUGAGUGACGCCCAUCAUCUCUCAGAGCUCAGGAUUGUGUUGAUUGGAUAUAGAGGAGCUGGUAAGAGUUCAGCUGGAAACACCAUCCUGGGCCGAGAGGAGUUUGACUUGAGGAGAUCUGAUCAGUGUGUGAAGAGACAUGGAGAAGUAGCAGACAGACACAUCACUGUCAUUGAAGCUCCAGGAUGGUGGAGUAAUUUAUCUGUAGAGUUCAGUCCUGAGUUACUGAAACAGGAGAUUUUGCUCAGUGUGUCUCUGUGUCCUCCAGGACCACACGCUGUACUACUGAUCAUACGAGUGGACACUAGAUUUAAAGAGUCUGAGAGAAAAGUAUUGCAGGAGCAUCUGGAUCUUCUCGGUGAGAGAGUCUGGAGUCACACUAUAGUGCUGUUCACUGCUGGAGACUCUCUGUCAGACACAUCUAUAGAGCAGCACAUCGAGAGUGAAGGCCAGGAUCUCCAGUGGCUGAUGGUCAAAUGUGGGAACAGGUUUCAUGUGUUCAACAAUCACAACAGGAGUGACGACACUCAGAUCAAGGAGCUGCUGGAGAAGAUUGAGGAGACAGUGGCACAAAACAACGGCCGCCAUUUUGAAAUUGACAGAAAGAUUUUACAGGAGGUGAAAGAGAGAAGAAGAGCAGAGGAAGAGAGAGCAGAAGAACGAAUGAAGAGGAUGCAAAAAAGGAGAGAAAACAUCAGAUCACAGAUGAGUGACGCCCAUCAUCUCUCAGAGCUCAGGAUUGUGUUGAUUGGAUAUAGAGGAGCUGGUAAGAGUUCAGCUGGAAACACCAUCCUGGGCCGAGAGGAGUUUGACUUGAGGAGAUCUGAUCAGUGUGUGAAGAGACAUGGAGAAGUAGCAGACAGACACAUCACUGUCAUUGAAGCUCCAGGAUGGUGGAGUAAUUUAUCUGUAGAGUUCAGUCCUGAGUUACUGAAACAGGAGAUUUUGCUCAGUGUGUCUCUGUGUCCUCCAGGACCACACGCUGUACUACUGAUCAUACGUGUGGACAUUAGAUUUAAAGAGACUGAGAGAAAAGCAUUGCUGGAUCAUCUGGAUCUUCUCGGUGAGAGUGUCUGGAGUCACACUAUAGUGCUGUUCACUGCUGGAGACUCUCUGUUAGACACAUCUAUAGAGCAGCACAUCCAGAGUGAAGGCCCGUAUCUCCAGCGGCUGAUGGUCAAAUGUGGGAACAGGUUUCAUGUGUUCAACAAUCGCAACAGGAGUGACGACACUCAGAUCAAGGAGCUGCUGGAGAAGAUUGAGGAGACAGUGGCACAAAACAACGGCCGCCAUUUUGAAAUAGACAGAAAGUGUUUAGAAGUGAUGGAUGAUAGAAAUAAAACAGAAGAGCACCAGGAGAAAUGGAGAGAGGAAUCCGGAUCACAGACUGUGAGCGCCGGAGAUGAUGGAUCUGAUUCAUGGUCUGUGGGAAGUUCUGCUUAUGGUUCAUUCAGAUCACGAUCAGGAGCGGACCCAAUUUUCAGUUCAUCACAUUCCAGAGAUUCAUCUCACAGAAGUUACAAGUCAGGGGUCAUAAAACGAUACAACAGCUAUGAAGUGCUACCACCAAUCAUGAGUGGAGAUGAGCGGUCGGACACAUGGUCUGUGGGAAGUUCUGCUUAUGGUUCAUUCAGAUCACGAUCAGGAGCAGACAGCGAUUCGGUUUUUAGCUCAUCACGCUCAAAAGUCUCAUCUCACAGCUCAGGAUUCGGGUCUUUGCGGUCGUCCAUCCCGGAGUCUGAGGAACAUUCAGAAACCAGACGAGCACUUGGUGGGACCAUCAUCUCAAAACUUUUCCCAAGAAGAUCAAAGAAGCAUGAAGACACUGAGAAAACUUGAAUUAUAUCAAAUGAAUAAAAGAGAAAUUGUGUCUUUAUAACAUUUAUAAUUUUGAGACACAAUCUAACGAUAACUAUUACUAAAACUAUAAAGUAGCCUAUUGCAGUUGUCUAAUUAAAUUAGAGGAGAGGAGAUCAUAAGUCAUAUUGAUAUGCAAGUAACAUUGUUUAUUAAAGGGCACCUAUUAUGUCCCUUUUUACAAGAUGUAAUAUUGGUCUGGGGUGUCCCCAGAAUGUAUUUGUGAAG